AUGCUGGGGGGGGGGGGGGGGGGGGGGGGGCAAGUGAACGGAACGAACAAUAGUGGCAUUCUAAUAAACAUUAGAAGCGAGGACCCUAAGAGUCCCAAGACAAUGGGUGCGUACCGUCGGGGUGUCGCCGACGUCGCCGAAAUCACUCCUAUCGCUAAAUGCCGAUCGGACGCAAAGUUUCGCAAAGUUCGAACUCUACCUGAGCGGGGGACUUACGUCUACGACACACGUCCGCGACGCGCGAUUUCGAACCGAGACGCGGCGGAGCUCCGUCCCGCACGGCGCCUAGCGAGCAACUGUCAGAUUUUAGAGAUCCGCGUGCGCGCGGCGCACGUGGUCGCGAUCGGGGGCGGGGCGAUGCGGAACCGUGCGGCGCCAUUGGUCCGCGCGCGCCUU